AGAUUCGUUCAACGCCAUUUUUUGUGCCUAGGCUUAUUUAUUUUCAUUUUUUUCAGGUGUUUUGCUAAGAUUUUUUCAACUCCAAAUUUGACUGAUGAUAUUUUCUUAUCGAACGUCUCCACGAACAGGUCAAUCGAUUCUCGUCGACUUGUUAGAAUUGAAUGUGGGAGAUAUCGAAUAAAGUGAGUUCACGUUCUCCACACUCAUUCGUAAGUGAUGAGGCACGAAUUGAUGUCACGGCCAGUCACAAUGUGAUAUCAACUGUCUCCUCGAGACAAUUCACCGAGAGGCAUUUAUUCCGCGUCGUUAGAUUAGCGAAGCCGAAAAAUUGACCAGAGGAUUUUGAUAAGAGCUUGUCGAUUCGACCAUUCGGGAAAGAGUCCAACCAUUCAGAAGAAUGAAUUCUACAAUGGCCCUGGCUGACAGUUUUCCAUCGUCUGAGCAGUUCGCCCUCAGGUGGAACAAUUUUUCAAAUAAUUUAUCUUCUGGCUUCUUGACACAUCUGAACAAUCAGGACCUGGUGGAUGUGACAAUCGCUGUUGAAGGACAACUUCUACAGGCACACAAGCUCGUUCUGUCGGUUUGUAGUAGUUACUUCCAGGAUAUUUUCAAGGCCAACCCCUGCCAGCAUCCGGUAGUGAUCCUCAAAGACAUGAGCUACGCCGAAGUCGAUGCACUUCUCAGGUUCAUGUAUCAAGGGGAAGUUAAUGUGAAACAAGAGGAGCUGGCCAGUUUCCUGAGAGUCGCUGAAACGCUCCAGGUCAAAGGUCUAACGCUCGACAAACAAAAUUUGAAGCACGUGCCCAACGACAAUGGGAGUCUCUCAAAUGGACUUGCAAAAUUCGAGAGCGAUUCUGAUAACAGUGGAAUAUCAGGGGACCAUAAUAAGUCGAAUAAGCAAGACAGAGUGACGAAGAAAAGACUCCAGACGAGUGGUUCUGCAAAUCCUUUGAAGAGAACACGUAGUUCUGGAUCAAGUGUCCAGAAUUCUGGGGAUCAGGGGAGUGUCAGGAGUCUCUCCCCGAAGAAUGAUGCACCCAGUGAUGAUGAUCAGCAGGAGACUGAUCCUGUGUGUGAUGUGUCGAUGAAUUCGACUGAAAAUGAUCUCCAGAAAACUGCGGAUGAUUCUAUCGACUUGACGAAAGAAGAUUUUGAAGACCAGGAUGAAACCAUUCCGACGAACAAUAGUGUGCGAGACGCAGAGGAAGAAAACGUGGAACCAGUGACUUAUAGACUAUCAGCCCGAGGUCGUCCUCAGCUCGUCCACGAGGGCUACGUUUACAAUUUAACAUCUCGUUCAGACGUGUUGAAUCGCUCGCAUUAUCGAUGUGCCGAGCAGCAUCGUGGCUGUCGUGGUAAAUGCGCUGUGAUAGCUGAGAGAUUCAUGCCAACUGGUGUUCAUGAGCACAAUCAUGCCCCGGGGUAUCAGUCCGAGCAGGAUUAUCGGAAGAAGAAGGCCUCGGAGACAGAUUGAAUCAUUAAAAUACGAGUAUUAACAUGAGUCAAGGGGAGAUCACUUGAAUCAUUCCAGUCUUAUGAAGAUUUUCAUACUAUUUUUGUACCUCCAAGGAUCCAAAACACGUGUGAUUGAAGUAGUUCAGUCACAGGUAGCCAAACUAGUUUUAUGAGUGAUCAGUGUUUAGAUCUCUAUUUUUUUUUUUCAAAUAAAAUAUGAGUUCGAAUGGAUGAAAUACAUGUAGAGAUGAUGUUAUAACGUUCCGAAAUAAAAGAAUUAUUUAUUUUUUAA